UUUUGAGGCUUUAGGACGUCGGCUGACGGCGUCUUGAGCGUCUCGACGGUGGGCGUACCGGAGUUUUAGCAAUGCUGGCUUCGCUGACCGAAGCCUAGCGAGUGCCAAGUGCCAAAAUAACAUUUUUUUAACAAUUUACUGAUUGAUAUAGCGUUUUAUAGGGAUUUUUGAAAAAGCUGCAAAAUGCCCCAGGGCCCAAUGGCAAGCCCCCUGAUGAAGCCUUUCGUAGUCCUGGCCCUACCAGGAAUGUACUUAUUUUAUAAGUACAAUCAAUACAAAAGAAAAAGAAAAGAAAAUGCUAAAAGAAAACUCACAGAGCGAGAAUUACAACACCUACACAACAAAAUUGAUAAACUACUGAAUAAGCUUGAAGAAAGUGAGCCUGAAUUAGCAACGACCCAGGAAGAAGAAUGCGUUAUCUGCAUCAACGCCAAGGCCACCAUGCAGACCUCACCGUGCGGUCAUCAAGUCGUCUGCAGAAAAUGUUUCGUGAAAACAAUUCAGAUCGCCGUAUCUCAAAGACUACUCCCGUUGAGAUGUGUUAUAUGCAGAGCCAAGAUUUUAAGACUCAAGACAGGUCCGAUUCUGCCGACCUCUGCAAGCGGUUACUCGGUAAACUCCCGGGCUUCGUCGGUGCCGCAGUCGGACAGCUUGUACAGCGUGAGCAGCGGCGGCUCGUCGAUAUCCUCGACCUCGUGUUCGUCCGAGGGCGCCAAAGCCAACGGGGCGUGCUGCAACGGGCACUGCCUGGGUGCUUAUCCGCGACAGCCCGUCACGGGGGCUAUACGACGGUCGCAGCAGCACGCGAUGAAGAUGAGGCUGCAAGAGUACUGUCGCGCCGAAAAAAAUCACGUCAAUCGUCUGCCGCCAAUAAGGGAGUUGCCCGGGGCGAGCCCCCUACAUAACCCCCCACCAUCCACAAGAAUAAGAUGCGCACAAAAAAUCCUGACGCAGUUAGAAUCAGGGCCCCUUUUAGGGGGCAAAAACUACAAAUACGAAAAGUUGCCCCAGAGCGACGAAGAGGACCGUGCGGAAGACCCGUCGAAGUCGAGGGAUAAAAAGUGGUGGUGUGACAGGAAAUGGAACGAGAAAGCAAAAAGUGAAGAACGCAUAGACAACAAGAAAAACGAGAUAGUUGAGAAGCAGUUGGAAUUGAAAGAAAAACAAAAAAUAAUGGAUAACAAAAAGAAGGAUAAAGGGAAAAAUGAUAAUAAAUCCAGCACAAAAGAGUGUGAAACCAAAAUAUAAUCAAAAAUUAAAUAAAAACCUCACAGUUUAUAAAAGCAAUAAAGAGCAACAGGUCAUUUACAUAGCAUUGUCAAUUAUAUGUCAAUAAAUCAAAACAAUAUCAAAAAAAAUUGUGAGGUAACUAAAAACAAUCUUAAAUCUUUUAAAACUAUUUAAGACAGAAUUUUAAACUUCUUAAUCAACCCUGGUAAAACAAUUUAUAUAAAGCUGAUUUUUUUUUGCUUUUUAAAUUCUUUAAAUUUUUUACAAUGACUCAAAUUGAUUGAUUUAAUUUAAAUCGUCUUCCAAACACUGCCAUUUUUUUGCACAUAUUUUUUUCGUUGAAAAAAUAAAAAUAAAUCUUCCCGUAUAUUUGGCAUGUAUAAAUUUUAACAAUAAGUUCCUAAAACAUGGAAUUUUGCAAUAAUUGUUUGAUAUGUGCCAACUUUUAAAAACCAGGGCUACCACGUUUUAAAAAACUAAUUUAGAGAGUCUGACAUGUUUAAUAUCUUUAAUCUUUAGUCCCUGUAUAUUUGUUUUACAAAAGCGUUUUAUUUUUUUAAAUAUAAUAUAUUAUUGAGUUUACAAGUUUUUUAUUUUUGGGUUUUCGAAAAGUUAUUCCUGUUAAAAAGUUUUAAUCGUCGAGAAAAUAACAUUGGCAUAAAAAAAAUUGUCA